ACCUUUACAUUUACGAUGACGUCACUAACCAAAGCACGUGAGCACCCAGAACUGUGAACUCAGAACUCAUCUGAAUCGUAAUGGCAGCUCCUAAUGCUUUCAAAGUUGGCUCUUUAAACAACAAAGUGACGCUGAUCACGGGCGCGAGCUCAGGAAUAGGCGCGGGCACGGCGCUGCUCUUUGCUAAACUGGGCGCGCGCCUGGCGCUGAACGGCCGCGAUGUGGAGAAUCUCACCAAAGUCGCGAAAGAGUGUGAAGCUUGUGGAGCAGCGAAGCCGUUAUUGGUGGCAGGAGAUUUAACAGAUGAGGAGACUGUGAGGAGGACCGUUGAGGAGGUCAUCGCUCACUUCGGGAGGCUGGACGUCCUGGUCAACAGUGCAGGAAUCCUCGCCAUGGGCAGCAUAGAGACCACUGAUAUGGCCCAGUAUGAUAAGGUCAUGUCUGUUAAUGUCAGAUCAGUGUAUCAUCUCACUCAUCUCUGCGUGCCACAUCUAAUCAAAACUAAAGGCUCGAUUGUGAAUGUAUCCAGUGUGAACGGGCAGCGAUCAUUUCCUGGUGUACUGGCCUACUGUAUGUCCAAAUCCGCCAUCGAUCAGUUCACUUGCUGCGUUGCACUUGAGUUGGCAUCAAAGCAAGUACGUGUCAACUCAGUUUGCCCAGGAGUGAUUAUAACAGAAGUUCACAAGCGUGCAGGACUGGAUGAGGAACAGUAUGCUCAGUUCAUUGAGAAGUGCAAAGUGACCCAUGCUCUGGGCAGACCAGGUGAAGUAGACGAAGUAGCUCAUGCUAUUGCCUUCCUGGCGUCUGAUGCAGCAACAUUUAUAACUGGAGUCAAUUUGCCAGUGGAUGGAGGUCGACAUGCCAUGUGUCCACGGUAAUGCUCUGCCACGAAAGAAAUAAAGAUAUUGAAUAAAUGAUA